AUGGGAAAUUUCAAGAAAGUUUGUGUAUUCUGUGGAAGUAAUUCCGGGCACAAAAAGAUAUUCGGCGACGCAGCACUUGAGCUUGGAAGAGAACUGGUAAGAAGGCAGAUGGAUCUAAUCUAUGGAGGAGGAAGUGUUGGUCUAAUGGGUAUGGUUUCUCAAACGGUUCAUGAUGGUGGAUGUAACGUUCUCGGAAUUAUCCCAACAGCUCUGGUUCCAAUAGAGAUAUCAGGACAAGCAGUAGGAGACGUACUGACUGUUUCUGAUAUGCAUGAAAGGAAGGCUGAAAUGGCUCGUAGAGCAGAUGCUUUUAUUGCACUCCCUGGAGGAUAUGGAACUAUGGAAGAGUUGCUUGAGAUAAUUUCAGGGUCACACCUUGGAAUUCACUGCAAACCGGUUGGUCUCUUGAACAUUGAUGGGUAUUAUGAUUGCUUACUCGGAUUAUUCGACAAAGGCGUAGAAGAAGGGUUUAUCAGGCACUCGGCCAGAAAUAUUGUGAUCUCGGCCAAGACUGCUCGAGAGUUAAUAGAGAAGAUGGAGGCUUAUGCACCAUUGCACAACCAAGUGGCACCAAGUGAAAGUUGGAAUGUCAAAAAUCCUACAGUUGCAAACUUAUAG